AUCCUGAGAUUGAUGUUCAAAAACAUGGAGAAUCUACUCAUUGCUUCAUCUCUGAUGAUUGUGGGGUUCCUGAUAUUUCAUAAGAUUCGGAGAAGGAGGUUGGAGAAAUUAGGUGAACAUUUUCCUGGCCCAAGGACUCUACCUAUAUUCGGAAAUGCUCUUAUGUUCCUUGGGAAGGAUAUGUAUGGUUGCUUUGAGAUCAUACGAGACGCAGCAAGGAAUUCAAAUUCUGGAUUCAGAAUUUGGUUCGGUCAGGAUCUACACAUCUACUUGACUGAUCCGAAAGAUGUCGAAAAUGUGCUUACAAAUCCGAACGCUAUUGAGAAGGACCAUGUAUACGACUAUUUUGGGAUGAUCGCCGAUGGUAUAUUUUCAUCUAGAGGAAAACAAUGGUGGAAAAACCGAAAACUGGUUAACCCAACUUUCGGCAGUAAGCAGAUGGUGCACUACGUGGCGACCUUCAACAAGCACAGCAAUAUUUUCGUGAAUAGAGUGAGAGAGCACUGCCAUAAGACUAUCAACGUUCUAGAUCUAAUCAAUGCUGUCACCAUUGAUGUACUCUGUGCCAUCGAAUUUCAUACAGAAGUUCCUGACAAUUCAAGAAGAGGGUGGAGAGCUCACGGAUCAUGAUAUUCUUCAUGAGGUUCUUACUAUAAUUAUUUCGGGCUUCGACACUAGUGCAAUGACAGCUAGUGCAGUGAUGCUGAUGCUAGCUAUCUACCCGGACAUCCAGGAGAAGGCAAGACGUGAGGCUGAGGAGGUGCUGGGUGAUAGAGAUGCAUCCCUGGAGGACAUCAACCGUCUAGUCUACCUAGAGGCUGUCACUAAGGAGACCCUGAGGCUGUUUGGACCUCCCUUUUUUCUAAAAAACUGUACCCUAGUAGAAGGCUGCACCACAGUGGUGUUCGUCUACGACAUCCACAAAAGCACCAAGUUCUGGGACAGCCCUGACGAUUUCAUGCCGGAGCGUUUCAUCGGGACCACCCUGAAGCACCGCUACUGCUACCUGCCCUUCAGUUCGGGGCCCCGCAAUUGUCCCGGUCAGAGAUUUGCCAAUAUGUCCAUGAGGUUGUUAUUGGCCAAUGUGCUGAGGAACUACAAGCUGACCACCCACGUCACUGACUGGAGUCAGGUCAAGAUGAAGUUAGAUGUGCUGCAGACGCCGGUUGAUGGGUAUCCUAUUAAACUGGAGCCGCUCCGAUGAGCUGGAGACUAAUAUCAUAGCCGAAAUAUAGUAUAAGAAGAAUCCCAUGGUAUAUGUUCUAGAUUCCACCGUUUAUAUCAAAAGUUUCGUAUCAAGUUAUGGUGUUGUGUAUCAAGUUGGGAAUACGAUACUGUAUCAUGUUGUGUUGAUAAUGAACCAUGUGUGGUGAUACAGUAUCAUUUUGUGGUGAUGCCAUAGAGGAAAAAUAGCAUAGGAAGAUAUCCAAUGCUAUAGGUCGUUCAUGUUCCAGCGAAACUUCAACUCUAUUGUAAAUUGAAGCAUUUAGUCCUAGUAGUUUUUACGUGAAGCUAUGUGAUGCUGGUAGUCUCACAUACUGUGCCGUUCUUACACUCUUACACUCCUGACAAAACAGUAAUUAUAGACAGUAGUCGACAGUAAAC